CGGUGUUCCGUACCGCGACGAUUCGACGAGUGAUUAGACGACGAAGAUGAACAAAUUGCUGGCACUGGUACUUCUCGCUGCGUGUGUCGUAGCUGGACCUACGAACGUUCCCGUGCAGCCGUCCCAGGAUCUGGAUUGUUUGGAGCACGACAAUGCUCUCGUCAGUUGCAUCUUCGUCAAGACAAUCGGCGCUCUCGAUAGAGCGGCUCGAUCGAGCGACAUUGAGAUCGUCGACGGCGUGACUUUUGUACGGGACUUACCGAUGGAGCGCGUUGGCAAGAAUUUGGAGAAGUCCGAGAUGGAGAUCAUGAAUGAAUUACCACGCGAUAGCUCCGACAGGACGAUAAAACUUGUUAGCAUGCUAUAUGAUUCAGCUGUCUCCUUCCUGAAGAGUCAUAGUUUGAAACUUAGCAUGCCCGAAGGAUCAAUCUCUCGUGCUCUGGUUGAAGGACGUGGAAAGAUCAAGAAAAUGGUUUUGCCGCUGAUUGCCGCGGCGGGUCUCAAGAUUUUUGCGUUGGUACCGAUUUUGUUGGGCGGUUUAGGCCUGCUGGCUUUGAAAGCCUUGUUCUUCGGUAAAAUUGCCCUACUGGUCGCCGGCAUCGUAGCGUUCCAGAAGCUUUUCGGUGGCAGCAACGUGGCAGGCAGUUUCUUCGGCAAGAAUCCGGCACCUCUAUUUUAUGAUACAGCCGCCCCAGGAAACUGGCCCGCUGCUGGUUCCCCAGGAUUGCAUCAAGGAUACAGGAGCUUCGACAUUGCUGACGCAAAGGUCGACGCCCACAAUUUGGCAUAUUCUGCUCACGCACCAGUUGCUAACGACACAAAUUAAACGAGGCCUCUUACUCGAGAGUUCCAUGAAAUUAUGAUAUUACCGAAAGCCAUAUCUCGCGGGGCCAAAACAUCUCCUCGAAGCCAUCGGACCCACCUACGACUGCUAGAUUAGUA